CUCCUCCAUUGUUUGGCUGUUUUGUGGAUGAAAGGCUGAAAGGCUGAGCUGCAGGUCCCGCUGGGGUUUUCCUUAGCAAGGGAUAAUGUCCAAAUAGGGCACAGGCGUGUGUGGGCAUCGCCCAUCGCAGCAGGAGCAAGAUGUGAUAACACGGAGAUAGCAGCUCCCCCUGUUCUGUCCAGCGACGUGGUUCCCCUGCUCCAAGGACGGGACAUGUUUGAAGUGAAACCCCGGGCGGUGGAAAAGAAGGAGUCCAGCACAGAGACAGACGAGGGGUUGGGCAGCAGCGGGAAGCAUUAUGGCUCCAGCUCGCUGGGCUCCGGUUCGGCCGGUUCCGGCUCCUUGUACCUGUCGGACAGCCAGGACUGGGUGGUGUCGCCGAGCUGCUCCCCAGACGAAGUCCCGGAGCAGCACCCCGCCCUCUCCCCCCUGCUGGCCGAAGAGACGCUCCGCUACAUGACAUAUCUUGCUUUGGAGCCCUCCUCUUACCCCCACCCCGGCUCUCAGAGCCUCUCCAAAGUCCUCAGCUCGGACCGCGUGGAGCAGAUGACCAGGACCUACAAUGACAUCGACGUGGUCACACACCUUCUGGCCGAGCGAGACAGGGACCUGGAGCUGGCGGCUCGGAUCGGACAGUCUCUUCUGCAGAGGAACCAGCUGCUGCAGGAGCGGAACGAGGCCUUGGAGGAGCAGCUGGCCCAGGCCGUGGACCAGGUCCACCAGCUGCAGCAUGAGCUCAGUAAGAAGGACGAGCUCCUGCGGAUGGUGGCCAGCGCCUCGGAGGAGAGUGAGACGGACUCCAACGUGUCCACCCCGCUGAGGCCGCACCAUCUCUACGGGGGAACCGCCGCCGCCGCACUCACUCAGCUGGAGUCCCUGCAGAACAAGCUGCAGGACCUGGAGGAGGAGAACGUGACGCUGAGGACCGAGGCGUCUCAGCUGAAGAGAGCCACUUGCACGUAUGAGGAUAAGGAGCAGCAGCUUGUGAGCGAUUGUGUCAAGGAGCUCCGGGAGUCCAACAGCCAGAUGGUUUCUCUGGCCGACGAACUGUCCCAUAAGAACGAGGAGCUGCUCCGACAUCAGGAGGAGAUCGCUCAGCUGCUCUCCCAGAUCGUGGAGCUGCAACACCGAGUGAAGGAGCUGGCCCUGGAGAAGGAGGAGCUGAGGAUCCAUCUGCAGGCCUCCAAAGAUGCUCAGAGGCAGCUCACAGCAGAGCUCAACGAGCUGACGGAGACAAAUGCAGAGUGUGUGGAAAUGCUGCACGAGUCGCAGGACGAGAUCAGAGAACUUCGGAACAGGAGUACUCCUCCUGCCGGGAUGCGGCGGCACUUGUCCUACGGCCUCUAUCCCAUGGACUCCCUGGCAGCAGAGAUUGAGGGAACCAUGAGGAGAGAGUUGAGCGUGGACGAGGAGACGGCCUUUCAGGACCAAAGAAGUUCCCAGAGGAAGGUCUUCCAGACCGUCCGCAGCAUCAACGCGUCGCGCAGCGCCCUGGCCCCCGGCCUGGCCACGCCCCCCAUCCCCGGCUCUGGGGAGAGCUCUCUGGUGAUGACGGCGCAGCCCUUCCCGUCCACGCAGGGGGAGGAGGUGCGGAUGGGCCAGCCGGGCUCCCCGGGGGGGAACGACCUCCACAAAGCGCUGCACCGCCUGUCGCUGCGGCGACAGAACCUGCUGUCCGAGCGCCACUUCUUCCAGACGGAGCGUGAGAGGAAGCUGCAGGCCCUGGCCGGCGCCGACGGCAGCGGCUGCCCCUCGCCCCUGGGCAGCACCCUCUCCUCCUACUCCAGCCUGUCAGAGCUGUCCUUCGGCUCCAGCGUGUUCAAGACCUUCCUGCCCGAGAAGCUCCAGAUCGUCAAACCCAUGGAAGGCUCGCUGACGCUCCACCACUGGCAGCAGCUGGCCCAGCCUCACCUGGGCACCAUCCUGGACCCCCACCCCGGGGUGGUGACCAAGGGUUUCCGGCCCCUGGCCCAGGACGCCCUGUACCAGGACGCCCUGUACCGCCUCUCAGACAUGGAGGAGGACGACGAGAGCCGGGACCAGGGGGGGGCUGCCGUCCUGGAGAAGGGAGCGGCGGAGCAGAGAGGAGAGGACGAGGAGGAAGAGGAGGGUGGGAUCACCUUCAACGUGCACUGCUCCUCCACGCCAGAGGAGAGGAGGGACAGGAAGCCCCCUGCGGCGCUUCUGCCCACUCCACCUCUCUCCCCGGCGCCAGCCAAGCCGGCUGGGGCCCCGUCUGGUACCCCCGGCCUCCCGCCUCCACCUGCAGGAGCAUCCGGCCUCCCGCCUCCACCUGCAGGAGCAUCCGGCCUCCCGCCUCCACCUGCAGGAGCAUCCGGCCUCCCGCCUCCACCUGCUGCAGCAGCUGCUGCAUCAUCGGCUCAGACACAAAGUCUCAGCUCGGCCUCGGCGUCAGCAGCAUCUUCUCUGGUCCAAAACCCCGGAAAGUGUCAGAGCUCCACCUCCUCCACCUACACCUUCACCACCUGCCGCAUCCUGCACCCCAGUGACGUCACGCAGGUGACCCCCAGCUCCCAGUCUUCCCUCCCGGCCAACACCCCCAGCUCCCUGAGGACGGGCCCCAGCACCCCCGUCACCCCCUGCCGGCUGAGUCUGGGCGACUCCUUCCCCCCCCGGCGGGCGGCCGCCCCCCCCGGAGGUCUGGCCAAGCUCAUCCUGGAGAGAGGCAUCUCUGCUCAGGUCUCCACCGACACCCCCCCCUCCUCGCCGAGGCCCGCGCCGCGGCAGCCCGUCCUGCGGCCCCCGCCGACCACGCCGCCCAACUCCCCGGUGCCGAUGGAGCCCCCCCCUCACCCGCUCGACACCUUCCUGGCCUCGCGGCCCGCCGAGCUCUUCCUCCAGGACGUUUACGGGUUGAACCUGGGCCGUUCGCCGCACCCCGACCUCCCCAGCCCCUCCCAGGACGGCGCGGCCCUGGCCCUGGCCUCGGCCCCCGCCCCGGCCCCCCGGCCGGGCCGCCCCAGGCCCAGCCCGGCCAGCGUGGGGCUGGUGGAGCGGCUGCGGCAGCUGGGCUUCGCUAAGGUGCUGCGGGGCUCGGAGUCGGAGGCCUCGGCCUCGGCGCCGCGCCAGGACUCGGCCACCUUCGUGUCGGCGGGCGGGGGGAGCCUGCUGGACGGCCUGAGACGCAACCAGAGCCUCCCCGCUAUGAUCGGGGCCCGGGCGGGCGGCAGGCCGGCCCCCAGACCAACCCCCCCUCUGCACCCCACCUCCCUGGCCCUCCCCCGCCCCCACUGGGGGAACCUGGAGGAAGAACACCCCGCAUCCUCCAGCUCCCGGAGAGGCUCAACCAACCACUGAGCCAUGGACCUCACCUCUCCUCCACUCUGCUACGGGGAGAAAAGUCAGGGAACAAUCCCUCCUUCAUGACUUCUUCAUCUAAAAGCACAAUGGGACUUAAGUGACUGUUUUUACUACUGCGGUGUUGCGGUGUGCACACAGAUGCUUGGCCUUAGCUCCACCAGGGGGGUUAUUCUGCAGCAGUGGAGCCCUGGACUUUCAGGAAUAACCAGAGAAGAAGAAAGGAAAAACAUAAGUGAAUGAUGGUUUGAGGAAGUAGAUGAAAGAGUGAGGAGAAGGUGUGAAAGGAAGGGAAAGUACAGUUUCUGCAAAGGUGAAGGAUGGAGGGUACGGAAGAGUAUUAGGGCCAUGCAGGAGAAAAAAUAUUUGAGAGGGGAAGAUUUUUUUUUAUUGUGCACUUUGAGAAAAAAGUCGAAAUGUCAAGAAUAAUGUUGAAAUACAAUUUUGUGAAUAAAGUCGAAAUUUCGAGAAUAAAGUUGAAAUACAUUUUGACUUUUUUCUCUUCUACUUCAACAUUAUUCUCGACAUAUCAACUUUUUUCACUUCAAGAAAAAAGUCGAAAUGUCGAGAAAAAAGUCAAAAUGUUGAGAAAAAAGGCAAAAUUUUGACUUUAUUCACAAAAUUUCAACUUUUUUCUCGAAAUUGUACUUCAACAUUAUUCUCAACAUUUCAACUUUUUUCACUUCAAGAAAAAAGUCAAAAUGUAGAGAAAAAAGUCAAAAUGUUGAGAAAAAAGGCAAAAUUUUGACUUUAUUCUCAACAUUUCAACUUUUUUCUCGAAGUGCACAAUAAAAAAAAAUCUUCCCCCUCUAAAAUAUUAUUUUAGAGGAGGAAUACUCUUCCACAGGAGGGAGACUGAGAGUCCAGGGUUUCAAGUUUCAAGGGCUAGUUGUGUGGAGUGCUAGUCUGCAGUAGAUCAGCACCGGUUCCUGACCCGGGAACCGGUUCCUGGGUGUCUGCCUCUGCGAUCACAAGCCUUCGGUUUCCGUUAUCCGUGGAGGAGCAGCAGCGCACUGCCAGGCUUGUCCAGCAGACCACGCCUCCCAACAUGCCAGUAUUAACGCUAAUAGGAAUAUUUAAUAACUUUAUAGUUGUCCCGUGUUGCACGGGUGUGUGGUAGCCGUCCAUGUGCCAGAUGCAUCUGCAUGAAACCUGAGCUGCAGGUCCCAGCAUGCAUCUGUCGGCAGACCAGUGGGGGAGGGCCGAACCAAAUCGUACACCAAAAAGAGAGAAGAGUCCGUGUUUUUUCCUUCCAGGUCCUUGUGUUUUCUGAGCAGCUUUUGUAACGGGACGAGGCCUUAAGCAGAGCCAAGCACUGUUCUGAUUUGAGUUCCUGUUGAAGCCAUUUUUGUUCGCUUUUAUUGCACUCUGAGUGAUUUUAGUACGGAAGAUUAUUAGGGCCAUGCAGGAGAAAAAAUAUUUGAGGAGGGGAAGAUUUUUUUUUAUUGUGCA